GAGACCUUUAAACCCCUCUCUGUCCCCCCCCAGGUGCUGCUCUUCCAUGACCAGAGCUAUGGGAUCCACUAUGAAUACACCUUGGCCCUGAACACAACGCAGGACAGGAUCAGCGAGGAGCACAGGGAGCCAGAGUACCUGUACAUCUGGACACACAGCAGCUGGCAGGACUGCACGGUGCAGUGUGGAGGAGGUGAGAGGAGGACGGUGAUUUCCUGUAUGAGGAUAUUCAAUAAAACCAUGGAGAGGGUCAAUGAUAGCUACUGUCAGCCUGAGAACAGACCCCUCCCCCAAAUACGACUCUGCAACUCCCACCGCUGCCAGUACCGGUGA